ACAUGACAGUGGUUAGCUGGAGCUCAGGCGCCGUGCUAAUUACGGAGUAGCUUGGUGGCUGAUCAUCUCUCUGCUCUGCUAAAUCCAUAUCAUCAGACUUCAAUUGCUCAAUUCUCGCCCCAUGAAUCGGUGGAAUCGGAUUCGAUCGGUUCCCUCGGUCGCAUCUGAUCAUGUACCUACAGUAGUAGGAUGGAGGGCAGGGGAGAGGUGGGUAAGGUAAAGCCAGUCAAUGAAUGAAGUCGGACAUGAUCAAUGCUGGCUUGAUGCUUUGCAGUACCCCGAAUGUCCGUGCUGGGAGCACAGAGGGAAGAUCUGGCCCACUUUUCCCCAGAUUGUCCGGGUAUGUACUCGUAAUGAGGGUUUUGAAUGAUUCUCGCUGCUUCUUGCUUUUCCGUCCAUUCAUUCCCCUCCCCUUGCUGGAGACUCCGGACUCAAUCCAGAUGCGCCAUGGGGGAGAGGGAUUUCCCCCGAUCCGAUCCUCCGACGUCAUCCUCCUUCGCCUCGUCGGGGACCGUCAAUCUAAAGUUCGUGGUCAGACUGAUCAGAGGCGAGUGGCCGGUGGGAUCACUGCCCGAGCAUCUGGCCCUCUCUCCGCACUUGCUGCGACACAAAGAAAGGCCAGUAGCGUGGGGUGGUGUGGCGUCCAGCUGAGCCUGAGCCGUGUCAUCCCGGCAUGCACGUAAUACACUACAUAAGACCCCGACUGGGGAGACUACCGACUUCAA